ACCGUUUCCAGCCGUGCAAGAGGCGCAAAGGCUGAUUAAUUCGGAUUUUGGCGAAAGUGAACGAAAGCGGUGCUAACAGACAUUGUGUGAAGACGCAGCAAGUGCGUUAGGUUUGUGUGCUAUUGCGCGGAACGCGUGAAAAGAUCGUAAAACAUGGAAGCUCUCAUACCGGUGGUAAAUAAGCUGCAGGAUGUAUUCAAUACCGUCGGCUCCGAUGCCAUUCAGCUGCCGCAGAUUGUCGUUCUUGGCAGCCAGAGUUCCGGCAAGAGUUCGGUCAUCGAAAGUCUGGUCGGGAAGACGUUUCUGCCGCGCGGAACGGGCAUCGUAACGCGCCGUCCGCUGGUCCUGCAGCUGGUCUACACUCCGCUCGAUGACCGCGAGCACCGGUCGGCCGAGCACGGCACGGUGGCGGUCGAAGAAUGGGGCCGUUUUUUGCACAUCAAAAACAAGGUGUUUACGGACUUCGACGAGAUCCGAGCGGAGAUCGAACACGAAACGGACCGGAUGGCGGGCAGCAAUAAGGGCAUCUGCCCGGAGCCGAUCAAUCUGAAGAUUUACUCGACGAAGGUGGUCAACCUGACGCUGGUGGAUUUGCCCGGUAUCACGAAGGUGCCGGUCGGUGACCAGCCGGAGGAUAUCGAGGCCCAGAUCAAGGAUCUGGUGCUGCUGCACAUCGAAAAUCCCAACUCGAUCAUCCUCGCGGUGACGGCGGCCAACACGGACAUGGCGACCAGCGAAGCGCUCAAGAUGGCGAAGGACGUUGACCCGGACGGUCGCCGAACGUUGGCCGUGCUGACGAAGCUCGACCUAAUGGACGCGGGCACGGAUGCGAUCGACAUACUGUGCGGGCGCGUCAUCCCCGUUAAGCUGGGCAUUAUCGGUGUGAUGAACCGAUCGCAGCAGGACAUUAACGACAAGAAGGCCAUCGAAGACCAGCUGCGGGACGAGGCGGCGUAUCUGCAGCGCAAGUACCCGACGCUGGCAACCCGCAACGGAACGCCGUAUCUGGCCAAGACGUUGAACCGAUUGCUGAUGCACCACAUCCGUGACUGUUUGCCGGAUCUCAAGACGCGCGUCAAUGUGAUGGCGUCCCAGUUUCAGUCGCUGCUGAACUCGUACGGCGAGGACGUGACCGACAAGAGCCAGUGUUUGCUGCAGAUCAUUACCAAGUUUGCCUCCGCGUACUGCUCCACGAUUGAGGGUACGUCGCGGAAUAUCGAAACGACCGAACUUUGCGGAGGUGCCCGGAUGUGCUACAUUUUCCACGAAACGUUCGGUAAAACGCUCGAUUCCAUCCACCCGCUGACGGGGCUCACGAAGAUGGACAUUCUUACUGCGAUCCGCAACGCAACCGGACCACGGCCGGCUCUCUUCGUGCCGGAGGUGAGCUUCGAGCUGCUCGUCAAGCGCCAAAUCCGCCGAUUGGAGGAACCGUCGCUCCGCUGCGUGGAACUGAUCCACGAAGAGAUGCAACGCAUUAUCCAGCACUGUGGCACCGAGGUGCAGCAGGAGAUGCUGCGCUUCCCGAAGCUUCACGAGAAGAUCGUGGACGUGGUCACGCAGCUGCUACGCCGUCGGCUUCCGACCACGAACGCGAUGGUCGAAAAUCUGGUGCAAAUCGAGCUCGCGUACAUCAACACAAAGCAUCCGGACUUUCACAAGGAUGCGGCCCUGGUGCCGAGCCUGAUCAAGACCGAUCCGCAGGAUCCGUGGACUACGGCGGCGCAUCAGACGGGCAAUCCGCCUAGCCGCCGUCAUCGGCAGGUCACGCUCAACGACAAGAUGGGGAUCGUAAACACGGCCAAUCACGUCGGAGAGCAACCGGUGCAGGUACCGGACGGACAUCAGAAUCACGUUGCCGAGCCGACCAGGUGGUUGGACAGCAUUCUCCCUCCCAACACCGUGGCCAUGAUUGGAGGAGGUGGGCCUGGUAGUGAAAGUGUUACUAGCACGGCCAGCAACACCCCGACCCACGGUGUGCUCAGUCCGACGAAGCCCGUGAAUCUGUUGCCGGACGUUCCCAUCAACCACUCGUCGCGCAAGCUGACCGACAAGGAGCAAAAGGAUUGUGAUGUGAUCGAACGUUUAAUCAAAUCGUACUUCUACAUCGUGCGAAAGUCGAUCCAAGAUUCGGUCCCCAAGGCCGUCAUGCACUUUCUGGUCAACUUCGUCAAGGACAACCUGCAAUCGGAGCUGGUGACGCACCUGUACAAAUCCGACUCGGCCAACGAGCUGCUCAACGAAUCGGAUCACAUUUCCAUCCGCCGCAAGGAGGCGAGCGAUAUGUUGAAGGCACUAACCCGCGCCAAUCACAUCAUUAGCGAAAUUCGAGAGACGCACAUGUGGUAAGCAAAGAGGACACCAAAAAAACAACGGUUCGACGGGACAGCGGAACCACUCGUGAUGUGUGACGGUCCGAUUCUAGUUCUCGAUGCGAUGGGCGAUUGAGUCAUCUAUUUAGGAAGGAAAGGGGAAGCUUAGUUCUUCAUUGUUGCACAGUGUACAUCGAUCAUGCAUGUCGAUCAUUUUGUUUCUGUUGGAAUUCCUACAUUUCUUCUCACGCCAUAAGACGACAAACGGCGGGUGAAUGCAAGGCUUGUUAGUUCGCUCACAGUUUAUGACCAUUCGAUGGACAAGUCACUCGAAAGGACAGCGUUUAGAAAACUAUAUAAAGCUAAAUACUUACACAGCAAAUUUUGUGAAAUACUAUCGACGUGUCAAAGCGAGCGAGUAAAUAACCAAAAGAACUCUAAUAUAUUAAAAAGGAACUACCCCACAAAACACAGCGGUACACAACAUGUUGAAGCGGACAAACGACGACUCAGUGAUCGGUGAUCGAUCAACACAAAAACCCUGUUGAACCUUUUGCAUUUCUUUGUUUGUUGCACAUUCAAUUAAAGCUUGGAAGAGUGGCGCACCAGUUCGGUGGAGGAAGCGAUACGAUUUGUGGAAAAUGUUUCCGACGUGUUGUCCCUAAUCCAGACGUAUCAUCCGGAUGCCGAGAAAUGAAUGCACAGUGUGAAGGGCCCGGAGUGUGCAACAAGGCGCAUUUGGUAGAUAACGAAAUUAAAUUCGGUUUUGUGUUUCCAAAUUGGCCGCGUUUGAAGACCAUUUAUUUUUACGCAAUGUUGUAGGUAAUAAACCACACACAGUUUGUUGAUCUGUCCUUUCAUUUUGUCAUCAGUUUAAGGUUCACCCAAUAACGCAUUCAUGGCUGGUGCUUUAGCCAAGCAAUUAAUAUACAGAUCCGUCGGACACCGAGGAUCGCACCCUUUUCACUAUCCAUUACCGUAGUCCGAGACGUAGCUUAGCUUAAUGUAAUUCAAGAUUACCGUGAGCUGUGAAUUUCUCGAAAAGAAACAAUAGAACCAAUGAGAUGAAGGUGGCUUGCAUAAGCUUCUGUUAUUUCUCAAUCCGAAGUGAAAUUGAACCUUAGUCGAAGCGUUUCAGGUAAUAAUGUAUUUAUUCAACGCAUUGAAACUACGCCAAAACAAGCCCAAAUAUCGCCUUACCGCCUAGGGGGUGAAUUGGGUUUCCUUUAUUUAUUAGGCAAUUGUAGCUUCGCGAAAUGCACCGGCACAGCGAUACGAUCUUGGAACUGUGCUAUCUAAGGGAUGGACAUAAAAUAAAA